AGUAGUGACACGUCACCUUACGUCACUACCGCACCUGCGCAGCCAUCUUGAGCCUCUAGCAGCAACGGACACAGAACGGCAGAAAACAGAGUAAAAUACAGCAGCCUGACCCGAGGAAACAGGGAUAUGUCCGCUAGAAUUAAGGAUAUUUAAAGCAAUAAAGGUUGAACACAGCAGAACGAACCCGGGACAGUAACGGAGACGGUAGAACAGCCAUCUAAGUGCCUCGGUACCCGGACCUACAAGUCAUCUUUUACCGGAGUAGGAAGGAAGAGUCGAGUCGCCGACAAAAAACAUCCAGAGUGAAACCAUGAAUCCCGAAUAUGAUUAUUUGUUCAAGCUCCUGCUCAUUGGAGACUCUGGAGUGGGAAAGUCCUGUCUUCUGCUGCGCUUUGCUGACGACACUUACACAGAGAGCUACAUCAGCACCAUCGGAGUGGACUUUAAGAUCCGCACCAUCGAGCUGGAUGGCAAGACCAUCAAACUGCAGAUUUGGGACACUGCAGGUCAGGAGAGGUUCCGCACCAUCACCUCCAGUUACUACCGCGGCGCUCAUGGCAUCAUAGUCGUAUAUGACGUAACGGAUCAGGAGUCCUAUAACAACGUCAAGCAGUGGCUUCAGGAAAUCGACCGCUACGCCAGUGAAAAUGUCAACAAGCUUCUGGUGGGCAACAAGUGUGACCUGACCACUAAGAAAGUAGUGGACUACACAACAGCCAAGGAGUUCGCUGACUCUCUGGCCAUCCCGUUCCUGGAGACCAGCGCCAAGAACGCCACCAACGUAGAGCAAGCCUUCAUGACCAUGGCAGCCGAGAUCAAGAAGCGAAUGGGCCCCGGGGCCACCGCCGGCGGAGACAAGCCCAACUUGAAAAUCGAGAGCACCCCCGUCAGGCAGUCUGGAGGGGGCUGCUGUUAAAAGAGCCCACCGCCCCACCACCCAGACCAUCACCUCCACCAUUUCCACUGAAAUCUCCCUUUCUUCUCCCUCUGUGUUCCCUCCAUCAUCUCUGCCACUCACACACCCACCGCUCCUCCAUAACACCCCUACUGUCAGCCCGCCGGGAGGUCUGGGGACGCUUGGCCCAACAGAGGAGUAAACUGUAAGAGUGUUCAGAUCAGAAAACAGAUUGAAACUUUACAAGGGUUAAUUUGGGCCUGUAGAGCCAUCAAACAAGGAGAGAGGAACGUGAGGGAGGGACAGAAAAACAGACACCAAGGCCUCUGUUACUCUCUGGACAGAGGACAGAGAGAACGGAUACGGGGGAAGAUUGGUAUCGAUUUAGAGUGGAAUGGAGGCAGUGAAGAUUAGGUUUAGAUACCAGUGAGCUUAUUCACACACACACACACACACACACACACACACACACACACACACACACACAGACUGUAGUGGGGUGGCAGAGGUUAAAGAGGUUUAAGCCUUUUUGGCCAAAAACUUUUUCUCCUCAAGCUGUGUCUGUCUUUGCUGAUCUCAUUUUAGGGCCACUUGCCUCCCCCCCACAACCACCUCGCCCCGACAAUAUU